AUGGUCACUCUGAACCGGUUAGACGAAAUCUUGAUUCCCAGGACCGAGAACCCAGUGGUGCGAGUUGCGUCGGUUAUCACUCGAGCUGCUCGAGUAAGAUCACCUGCGGGUGUUAUGCAAGAGAAUCUGAUCCGGGAGAUGCGGGUCGAUCGGAUCAAGCAGGCCCAGGAGGAGGAAGUCUGGAUCGCAGGCAUGAAUAAGUAUCUGAGUGGCUCGAUCGUAGAUCUCACGCAAGCCGAAGCAAGAUCGUAUGGCAAGAUCGCUGCCGACUAUGAGGUAGACGAACAGGAUCUACUCUACUACUGCCCUCCCACGCCGAGAUCGGGGGAUGAACGCGAUCGGUUGUUGAGAUUGGUGGUUCCCGAAACACUACAAUCGGACGUCUUACGUCACUAUCACACUACGUUGGAAGGAGGACAUCAGGGAGUGGGGCGAACCUACCAGCGGAUCAGGGAUAAUUUCCAUCGGAGAGGAUUAUAUCGGAGCGUUCAGCGAUACGUGGGGGAAUGCGUGGACUGUGAAACGGGAAAAGGAAAACCUGUGAUCCGGGAUGAAUCACCAGGGAAAUUGCAGGCGACAUACCCAUUCCAGAUCAUUGCGAUGGAUCACAUACCUUCGCUACCCAGGUCCCACAAAGGGAAUACGUAG